AGCCCAACGAGCUGUCGGAUGUAAGCAGUCCCCCCGUAGAGAUGGCCUCACAAAUUCUAUCUCUUCUCGCCUGGAGCACAAAAUGCUGUUGCCGAGCAGGUGAGAAGAAGAUGGCUGCCACCAGCCUCAGUUCCUCUCCCUCCAAGGUCACCGCUGCCAAAGUAGGAGGCGUCUCCAGACCUUCCUCGUCCUACACCCAGCUCACCUUCUUCUCAAGGCAUGCUUUCCAGAAGAUAGGAACCGCCACAGCUCUCCACAAGCCACAGACAGAGCUCCUGCUCUCGCCGAGGAUCAGUAAGCAUGUGAGGAGACCCCGCGCGGCUACUGACAACGACCGAGCAGUGCCGGCGCCGGCAGAGGCCGCACAAGAAACAACCAUCAGCGCCGACGCAAACCCGGUGGCGGCGUCCAGCGCCAACAGCAACAGCAACGGCACGGUCCCGAGCGAGCCGCCGAAGCGGGUGCCGCUGACGGCGCGGGAGCGGCUGCGCGCGGCGCGGGUGCUGGGUAGGUACGCGGCGGCGGAGCCGGGGGGGCCGGAGAAACCGGCGCCCACGGGGUCGUCGUCGUCGUCGAAGCCGGAGUUCGGGAGCCGGGUGCUGGAGGCGCUGCGGGAGACGGACGCGAAGAAGAAGGGGGGCGCGGGGGGCAGGAAGAAGCGCUCCUCGGGGCUGCCCGAGGCGCCCAGCAACCUGCUGGACGACACCAAGCGCGGCAUGCCCAAGGAGGGGUGGACCUUCGACUGGCUGGCGGCGCUGCCCGUGGGCACGGACGUGCUCGUCGUCGCGGCUUCCUUCGGGAUCAUCACCACCGUCAUGUUCGGGACCACCUACCUCGUCUGGAAGCUCGGCGCCAUACACUUCAACGAGUACUAGCUAGAACUUUCCGGAACUAGUCGUCUUAUUAGCUCGAUAGCUUUGGGUAAUUGCGCGGACAGCGUAGCUGCAGAACUGCAUUUUGUGCCCUGAUGAUGUUGCGAUCGAUACUUGCGUGGUUCUGUACAAUAAUGCCGGCUAUUGUAAGAGGCAGAUUUUAAGCACACAGAUGGUAAUACACACUGAUUUUACGAA